CUACUUUCUUUUCUUGUUUUUCUACCACUAAUUUUGUUUCAAAUAAGAUUUGCCCAUUUGGUUGUAGAAUUAAUAAGUAGGAUUGUAGAUUGAUCAAUCACGUAGAACUUAAUUAUAUAUGUGUUGCUUGAUCUAUUUUAGAACUCAGAACUCAUAUUUAGCUUUGUUCUUACAUAUUGCCAUCAACUUAAACUACUUAUCUUGAAAACAGCUGCUCUCAAGAUCAGCUUUCCCAGAGUUUCAAGAUUGGGGCGCGUCCACACGUUUCCCCACUCAGCAAUUAGCUUCAGAUUCUUUUGUUAAAAUUCUUUUGAAUCCAGGGCAAAAUGGUUCAAUCAAAGGACCCAUUUUGGCACUAUGUUGAGGAGAUGAAGUGUAUUUAUUGUGGGCAUCAAUUUGCUAGGGGUACUUCCAUUUCAAGGAUCAAAUGGCAUUUAUCAGGAGAGAAACGGCAAGGUGUUGAAAUUUGUGACAAAGUGACCGAAGACGUUCAAGAAGCAGCUUUUCUAGCUAUGCAUGGUGCCAACAAAAGACAUAAAAGCAUAGCAAGUUCAAGCAAUGUUAAUGAUAAUGCCAUUUCAACCGCUCCACAAGAACAAAACAAUAAUGAAGUCGACAAUUUGGCAGGAGAUGCAGGAACGACACAAGCAGCAGAUAGAAUGGAUCACGCACUUGAAAUACGUAUAGAAGAGCUCAGGAAAUUAAUGGAGGGUGAUAUAGAGAAUGGGACUGGAGGAGGAGCGCAGCCUGGUGCAGGAGCUAGCUCUUCUGGAGGGCUUACAGGCAACGCAAAUGAGACUCCAGGAGAUCCAUUACCUACUAGCUUACAUGUUGAAGUCGACAAUGUGGCACCACAAGGGCAACAUCUGGAGAGAGUAACUGGUCAGCCUGUUGUAAGAGGUAGUUCUCAUGAGAGGCCACUUGUUAAUCACGAUGAGCCUCAAGAAGAUCAACACUGUCCUCCACUAGUGAACAUGGUUGGAGACCCUGGGCAUCCUGUUGUGAGAGAUAGCUCUCGUGAAGUUCUUCAACGUAAUGGCAAUGAGAGCGGACCAGAUGUGUUUCUAACUGAAGAACUAACAGGUGGAGAGUUUGAAAAUAAUAAGAAUGUUAUCUGGUCGUGGAUAAUGAAUGAUGAAGCCUCAUCAAGUAUUGGCAUUUACGGGAUGGGGGGUGUUGGCAAAACAACAUUGCUCACACAUAUCUACAAUCAGCUUUUACAAGAACGUGGCACUUUUCCUCAUGUUCACUGGAUCACGGUAUCGCAGGAUUUUAGUGUUUAUAAAUUGCAGAAUCUUAUUGCAAGAGACUUUCAUUUAGAUCUUUCAAAUGAAGACAACGAGAGGAAAAGGGCUGCAAAACUGUCAAAAGCAUUAACUGAGAAACAACGGUGGGUUCUCAUCUUAGAUGAUUUGUGGGACUGUUUUGAUUAUAAUAAGUUGGGAAUUCCUAUCAGAGUGAAGGGAUGCAAACUAAUUCUUACAACUCGAUCACUUGGAGUUUGUCAGCGGAUGUUCUGCCAGAAGACAAUCAAAGUGGAGCCUCUUUCAAUGGAAGAAGCUUGGGCUCUGUUCAUGAAGGUACUUGGACGUAUUCCUCCAGAAGUGGAAGAAAUUGCAAGAUCUAUUGCAAGUGAAUGUGCUGGUUUGCCUCUUGGAAUUGUAACAAUGGCCGGAACCAUGAGGGGAGUGGAUGACAGAUGUGAGUGGAAGAAUGCUUUAGAGGAGCUGAAACAAUCAAGAGUUCGGAAAGAUGAUAUGGAGCCUGAGGUAUUCCACAUACUGAGAUUUAGUUAUAUGCUCUUAAAGGAGUUAGAACUGCAACAAUGCUUCUUGUACUGUGCAUUAUUCCCGGAAGACUUCAAGAUCCGUAGAGAGGAUUUGAUAGGUUAUUUGAUUGACGAGGGAGUGAUAAAAGGGCUGACGAGUAGGGAGGCAGAAUUUGACAAAGGCCACUCGAUGCUGAAUGAACUCGAAAGAGUCUGCCUAUUGGAAAGUGCUAAAAUGUACGGUGGUCGUAGAUGUGUCAAGAUGCAUGACUUGAUUAGGGAUAUGGCCAUCCAAAUACUGCAAGAGAACUCUCAAGACAUGGUUAAAGCAGGUGCACGGUUAAGAGAAGUGCCGGGUGUAGAGGAGUGGACAGAGAAUCUUACUAGAGUUUCACUGAUGCAUAACCAAAUUAAGGAAAUUCCUUCCAGCCAUUCACCAUGUUGUCCCAGCCUAUCCAUUCUACUGUUAUGCCGCAAUUCGGCGUUGCAAUUUAUUGCAGAUUCAUUUUUUGACCAGUUGCGUGGGCUCAAGGUUCUUGACCUGUCUCAUACAGGUAUCGGAAAACUGCCUGAUUCUGUCUCUGAAUUGGUGAGUCUCACUGCAUUACUGCUCAUUGGUUGUAAUAUGUUAAGGCAUGUACCGUCAUUAGAAAGGCUGAGGGCACUGAAGAGGUUAGAUCUCUCUGGUACUUGGGCACUUGAAAAGAUUCCUCAAGGCAUGGAAUUUCUAUCCAACUUGAGGUAUCUUAGAAUGAAUAGGUGGGGUGAAAAGGAGUUUCCUAGUGGGAUAUUACCUAAACUCUCUCACCUGCAAGUCUUUGUAUUGGAGAAGUGCACUCCGAUAACAGUUAAAGGAAAGGAAGUGGGAUGCUUGAGGGAGUUGGAAACUUUGGAAUGCCAUUUUGAAGGUUACUCUGACUUUGUGGAGUAUCUCAAAUCUCGGGAUGAGACCCGAUCACCAACAAAAUAUAGAAUUUUUGUAGGACUGCUACCUGACAAAUAUUAUAUAGAAGGCAAAGACAAAGAAAUUGUUUUGGGUAAAUUGACUAUCAACGGAGACGGAGAUUUUCUGAGAACGUUUUGGAAGGACAUUCAACAACUGACCAUGGAAGAAUUUGAUGGUGCAAAAAGUUUAUGCGAUGUUUCCUCUCUAAUAAAGAAUGCAACUAAUCUGGAGUUUAUCGAAAUUACGAAUUGCAAUAGCAUGGAGAGCUUGGUUUCAUCUUCUUGGUACUGCUCUGCUUCACUGCCAUCUCCAUCUUGCGAAGGUAUAUUUUCUGAUCUUAAAAAGUUUCAUUGUUUUGGUUGUCAAAGCAUGAAGAAGUUGUUCCCCCUCGUCUUGCUGCCAAGCCUCGUAAACCUGGAAGUAAUUAAAGUUAUUGGUUGCAAGAAAAUGGAGGAGAUAAUAGGUGGAAUAAGAUCAGAUGAAGAAGGGGUUAUGGGUGAAGAAAGCAGCAUCAGAAACACCGAAGUCAAACUCCCAAAGUUGAGAUUUCUGGAAUUGAGUCGUUUACCAGAACUAAAAAGCAUUUGUAGUGCAAAACUGAUUUGCGAUUCUCUCGAAGUAAUCGAAGUAAGGAAUUGCAGUAUCAGAGAAAUCUUGGUUCCAUCUUCGUGGAUUCGCCUGGUAAACCUGGAAAGGAUUGUUGUUGAAGGAUGUGAGAAAAUGGAGGAGAUAAUAGGUGGAGCAAGAUCGGAUGAAGAAGGGGAUAUGGGUGAAGAAAGCAGCAUCAGAAACACCGAAUUCAAACUCCCAAAGUUGACAGUACUGCGCUUGAAAAAUUUACCAGAACUAAAAAGCAUUUGUAGUGCAAAACUGAUUUGCGAUUCUCUCCGAGUAAUCGAAGUAAGGAAUUGCAGUAUCAGAGAAAUCUUGGUUCCAUCUUCCUGGAUUCGCCUGGUAAACCUGGAAAGGAUUGUUGUUGAAGGAUGUGAGAAAAUGGAGGAGAUAAUAGGUGGAGCAAGAUCGGAUGAAGAAGGGGAUAUGGGUGAAGAAAGCAGCAUCAGAAACACCGAAUUCAAACUCCCAAAGUUGACAGUACUGCGCUUGAAAAAUUUACCAGAACUAAAAAGCAUUUGUAGUGCAAAACUGAUUUGCGAUUCUCUCCGAGUAAUUGAUGUAAGUAAUUGUGAGAAGCUGAAGAGGAUGGGAAUUUGUCUUCCAUCUCCUCCCUCUUCUCUUGAAGAAAUCUAUAUUGAACCAGAAGAAUGGUGGGAGUCAGUAGUGGAGUGGGAGCAUCCUAACACCAAGGAUGUCCUUCGUCCCUUUGUAAUGUUUGGACGAGACCGGGCGGCUUUGCUGGCUCUGAGCAGGCGUGGAAGAGUGCGGGGUUGCUCACGUCAAACUGGAAUAAUAAUUUAAAAUAGCAAUAAUAAUAGGAAAUUUAAUGCUGCUUAAAUUUCCUUUAUUUCGUCAACCCUUGCACCACAAUCCCAUGUAAUGCUGCCUCAACCUUUUAUUUUCAAGUUACCCAAAAAGGAAAAAGAGGCAAAGCAAAAAGGACUAUAUCCCUUUGUAAGGUCGGAUGCGCUGCAAGACAAGUGAAGCAGUUGGAGAGCUCCUCACCAUCAACAACCGUAUUAUUAAAUGUUUUAUUAUUGGAUUUUAAAUGUUUUUUUGUCUAGGAAUUCUUGUUAGUACACUCUAAUUGUGGUAAUUUUUGGGUACAACCGUAUUAUUUGGUGAAUAAAACAAUUAAAGCUUUUAAUCAAAAAUAGUAUAUAAAGAUGUACAUAUUAGUAAAAAUAAUUAUUAUUUUAUGUGAAAAUCAAGUAAAAACUAUAUUAUAUCUAA